UUCUUGCUUUACAACACACACAAAAGCCUUUUUGGCAGGUGGUUGGUUUCUGAAAACAAAAUCUGCGGCCGGCCGCUUGAGCAGAGGAUUAUUUGUUCUGCAGUUUGUGCGUGUGAUUUCAAGCGGAUUGUUGUGGGUACAUUGCGGAGGGAGCUUGGCUGCUGGGCGAAGCUCGGAGCCAACAGCAUCGCCCGCACUCCGAGUGGCCGGAGCGGCCCCGCUCCAUCACCGGCACAGGAGAAGCCCGGCCAGAGCGUCAGGGACCCCCCCGCCCCGGCGAACAGAAAAAGCCCGGGAGUAGCUAGCGCUCAGUCCCUGCAGGUCGGAGAUGCCGUGUUUUGGACGAGGCGGCGAGACAUGAGGAAACGUUGUGAAGAGGAAAAGAGCAGGAGAAGGGGGAAGGCCUCCGUGUCUGGGCCGCGCCUGCUCCCGCUCCCGCCGCCGAUGGGAUUUCUCCGAUAGGAGCUGGCAGAAGCGAGGGCGGAAAAAGAGAAGAAAAUAAACCCCGUCCGCUCCGGAGGUAGCGCCCGAAGAUGGGCCUGGGAGGAAGCGGCUGUGCCCGGGAGUUAGUGGCUGAGAUCGGCCAGUGCUCGUCUUCGGUCGGGAACCGAGAUACCUGAAGCCGGCCCGGGAGCCAGCGGAGAGAGGCGCUGCCCCGGGCGGCGUGUGUCCGACCUCCCCCGGCCCCGGCCCCGGCCUCGGCCCGGUUCCUGCUCUUUCUCUCGAUGCAGCUGUGGUAGUUUUGCUGUCAGCGCUGUUUGUGUUUCGUUCCGCCAGUGCCCGUUAGGCUCGGCUCCCGCUCCAAUGGCACUAUGCUACCAGUACCAGUUACCGGUGCUGCCCCUCGACAGGCCGGUACCCAAACACGUCCUGAGCCGCAGAGGCGCCAUCAGCUUCAGCUCCAGCUCGUCCCUGUUCGGCUGCGCUAACCCCAGAGUCCUGUCUCAGACCUUCACAAACUCCUCUAACCUUUGGAUCCCUUCAUCUGGGUGGGAAGAAUGCUUUCUGGAGAGACGAGGAGCAAUAUCCUACGAAAGCUCAGAUCAGACUGCUUUGUACAUUCGUAUGUUAGGGGAUGUACGAGUGAGGAGCCGGGCAGGAUUUCAACCUGAAAGAAGAGAUUCUCAUCCUUACAUUGAUUUUCGUCUUUUGCACUUACCACCAGAAACUGGAGAAUUGGCUUCAGCAAGGAAGAUCAGAAGGCUGCUUAGUUUUCAAAGAUAUUUUCGAUCUACUCAUUUAUUUCGCGGUAUUUCUUCUUGGAAUUCUCUCUGCAUUCUGGAUGAUAACUACAGUGGCCAAGCCAUGUGUAUGCUAGAAAAGGAUGGAAGUUGGAAUUUUGACAUCUUUCUUUUUGACAGACUAACGAAUGGAAAUAGUCUUGUUACUUUGACCUUCCAUUUGUUUAAAUACCAUGGACUUAUUGAGCAUUUCCAUCUGGAUUUGGUAAAACUGCGUCGAUUUUUAGUAAUGGUCCAGGAGGACUACCACCGUAACAACCCUUACCACAAUGCGGUACAUGCUGCUGAUGUAACUCAGGCCAUGCACUGUUACCUAAAGGAAGCUAAGCUUGCCAAGUCCGUUUCUCCAUGGGAUAUUCUGUUGGGUUUGCUGGCAGCUGCCACACAUGACAUGGAUCACCCUGGUGUUAACCAGCCUUUCCUAAUCAAAACCAAUCACUACCUAGCAAGUUUAUACAAGAAUACCUCGGUGUUAGAAAACCAUCAUUGGAGGUCAGCAGUGUGUGUCCUGCAGGAAUCUAAAUUAUUUGCACAUCUUUCAGUUGAGGAAAGCUAUCAAAUAGGAAGCCAGUUGGGUUCCCUAAUUCUAGCCACAGACAUAAGCCGCCAGAAUGAGUUUCUGUCACAACUUCGAACUCGCUUGGACAUGAGCGAUCUAUGUUUAGAUGAUGCCGGUCAUCGACAUUUCAUGCUGCAGAUAGCACUGAAAUGUGCAGAUAUCAGUAACCCAUGCCGGCCUUGGGAACUGAGUAAGCAAUGGAGUGAAAAAGUAUGCCAAGAAUUCUUCCAUCAAGGGGAUAUUGAAAGGCGGCAUAAGCUAGCUAUAAGUCAGCUAUGUGAUCGCCAUACAGAAACUGUCGCCAAUAUUCAAAUCGGUUUUAUAACUUACGUAGCAAAACCUCUUUUUGUGGAGUGGUCUCGAUUCUGCAACACAACACUGUCACAGACUAUGCUUGGACACCUUAGUUUGAAUAAUGCUAGCUGGAAGGGAUUACUACAGGAACGGACCCGGAGUGGAGAUGAUGCUGAUUCUACUUGCGAGGAAAUGGACUGAAUUAUUACCUCAGGAAAGCCAAGAAUUAUUUUAUCCCACUCACCUAGCUCAUUCCGCUGGAGCUGAACAAUGAAUUUUCAGCCUAUUAGGUUGAAUGCAAAUGGGAUAAUUCUUUAGGUGGGGGGUUGAGAUAUAUUUGCAGGCUCUGACUGUCACGGUUGCAUGUGUACCCGUGCCAACAUUAAUGUAAUUCCAUGCUUUUUUCAAAGCAUUAUAUUGCUUUUUUGCCCCUCGUUCGGCCUGAACAUAAAGCAAUACACAAAUACCUCAGUUGGCUUUUGUGAGACAUUGAGCACGUAAACUGCAGUGGUGGCCAUACUGAAGUGAUUGGAAAAAGGAGAGUGGCAGUGUCCCAGAAAGUGCCAUUUAUCAACUGUUAGUUUGAAUACUGUAAUACGGACUGAUACCUAGAAUUUCUGCACUUGGGGUUUCCUGUGGUUUUUUUUUAAAAAGGCUAAAAAUAUGAACUUAGUGAAAAUCUUCUGAUGUUGGUACAAGAAGAGUUUUUGUUCUCUUCCCGUCAUUUUGGAGUGACUGAAUGCAUGCAAAGAAGCCAGUCCUUUUCUGCCUCAGAGAUUUGUUUACAAUGCUGUAUUUUUGAUACUUUGGUUCUGGUUCUUGCCUUGAAGCAUAGUGGAAAAGGAACCACUAAUUUGGGAAAUGCUAUUUGGUAAGAAGAUAGAACAAAAUAAAUGCUGCAGCUCGUUUUUAAUCUUUGUGAUGCCAUUUAAGUUCCCAUGGAAGCCUCCCUUCUGCCAUGGUGUUCCUUUAGUGCACUGUGAAUCCAGCCUUCAUCUCUUGACCACAACCAAGCUUUACUUCAGCAAUUAUAAGAAAAGAGUGCUGCUGGUCUUUGCCUUUUUGGGGGAGAGUUGAAGAAAUAGAAAAACAGAUUAUUGGGUGAAGCCAACAUGUGGUUUUCAUGCAUGAACUGCACUUAGUGAUAGUGGCAGUAAUUUAUAUAAAGAUCAGCUCAGGAUAUUUGCCUGUGUUUCUGGAGCAAGUGAUGGUGGUAACCAAGAAUAAAUAUAUCUGAACAAAGUGCCACUUUCACCAUUCGGUUUUCUUCAAAAUGUGACAUAUGUGAAGCCAGAUUGAAGAAAAACUCUAACAUUGCUACAGAUGCCUUAAAACUAUGCACAAAGCUAAGUGACCAAAUCUGUUUGUAUUUUGAAAAGUGCGUUGUUCCUCGACCUUUUGCGAGUGAAUUGUUACUCCCCUGUGGGCCUUGUUUGAUGUGAAAAGAUGAACCCUUUGUAGGAUAAGAUUACAAAUGUUAUUUUAAACUUCAAACAUUCCAUUUUGUAUUUUACAAUGUUUUAAAUAGUUGUUGAUUAUGUACAGUAAGCAGAACUGUAUCUUAGGUUUGGCGUUUUCCAGUGAAACAAACUUGGUGCUUUUCUCUUUUUUUUAAGUUACUUGUAUUUCAGGACUGUUUAAGAGAAUUCUGUUUACAAUUUGUUGCAACAGCCAUCUUUGAGAGAUGAAGGCUUCAAUGUUAAGCUUAGGGACAUUACCAGGUUGUUGGCAGAGAUGCCAUAUUCAUAUUUUGAUAUGUGCCUGUUGCUGUUCAGAAUUUUGAAUAAAAAAAUUGACAUACCUUUUGAA